AUGGCACUUCAGACGUUCAACUUUCCUGGUUUUGGGUCUGUGUUGACUGCAGUUUCAAUAUCACUGUUGGUUAACGUACGUUACUUGCAGGUAAUAUCAUAUGUCCUAGGACGGGCCAUCUACAAUGUCUACCUCCAUCCGCUCAGCAGAUACCCUGGUCCACGGCUCGCGGCUAUAUCCAGCUUGUAUUACAUCUACUGGACAAACAACGGGCAGCUACAUAUUAAACUCAAGAACCUGCAUGAUCAAUAUGGCGACGUCGUCCGAAUCGAGCCCUCCUCACUCGUAUACAGGAGCGCACAGCCAUGGAAAGAUAUCUACGGGCACCGAAAAUCUUUUGUCAAAGAUGACAAGUUCUUCAUCCCGAGUCCUAACGGUCCGAACAUCCAAACAACACUCGACGAUGUAGGGCAUGCGAGGCAGAGGCGUCUGUUAUCGCACGCAUUUUCCAAAAGAGCGUUGCGAGAGCAAAAAUCGAUUAUCCAGUUGUACAUUGACAUGUUUAUGGAAAGGCUUCAUCAGGAAGUCGCAUCACACCGCGAGACGGUCGACAUACCCAGGUGGAUUACUUACACGAACUUUGAUACCAUUGGUGACUUGGCAUUCGGGGAGUCGUUCGAUUGCCUCCGUAAUAACGACUAUCAUCCGUGGUUAACAAUUCUUUUUGACAGUAUCCGAGUCGCAACGUUCAUGAGAACUGUUUUGAUUUAUCCACUGUGCGCAUUCCUGAUAACCUGGAUUAUCCCUAAAAGUAUGAACGAAAAAAGUGAUCAGCACUACCAAAUGAGCAAGGACAAAGUCAACCGCCGUCUUGCGACCAAGACCAACAGACUGGAUUUUACCUCGUGCAUUUUAAGAUAUAACGAGAAAGAGAUGACAUGCCAGGAAAUCGAAUCGAACGCAGCUUUACUCAUCAUCGCUGGGAGCGAAACGACAAGCACUGCGCUCUCGGGAUGUAUCUAUUAUCUCCUAACACACCCCGACGUAUAUCAUCGGCUAGUAAAUGAAAUCAGAGAGGCCUUUUGCACACAAGCCGACAUCACUAUCUUGUCUUCUGCAAAGGUCUCGUUACUAUACUGUGUCCUGGAGGAGACACUCCGUUUGUAUUCACCAGUCCCGGGUAAAAUUCCCCGACGAGUUCACAAGGGUGAUGCCAUUAUCGACGGCAAUUUUGUCCCGGAAGGGAUAUCUGUAUCAGUAGCUUAUUACUCUGCCCUCCGAGCAAGCUCCAACUUCGCGGAAGCUGAAUCCUUCAUCCCGGAACGUUGGCUGGAUAAUAAAGAUCCCAGACUCGCGUUCUAUAACCGAGAUGCAUUCCAACUAUUUUCCUAUGGACCUCGGAACUGUAUUGGGAAGAACAUGGUUUACGCCGAAACGCGCGUUUUUCUGGCGAAAGUUUUGUGGAACUUCGACAUGGAAUUCAGGGACGAGUGUCGUGACUGGUCGAACCAACAUUCAUAUACUUUUUGGCAGAAGACGCCGUUGAUGGUGACAUUGAGGCCGGUGAUGCGCUAAGAACGGACUGGACAUGGGUUUGUAUAGGAUGAUCACAGAAAAGAAAGAAAUGCAUAAAAGGGUAACAAGAAUGCCAUACAAACGGAGAAAAAACAGCAAGAAUAGCAAAAGGGAAAGAAAAAAAAAAUGGCCCCAAUCGCGACUCGAACGCGAGACCUCUUCGAGGUCAGAUUUGUUAACCCGAACGAAGAAUCAUACCACUAGACCAUCGGGGCUAAUUCGAUUACGAAAUCUGAUGUGGGGAUCGGGUUUGUGGU